GGGCCCUGGGCCUUUGGCCGCACCCCGGCCUCUCUGCCCUGGCAGGGGGACUGCAGAGGAGCCACGCCCUGGCUUCCGGCCUUACUCCAGCCCAUCUUUCCGUGGGGCGGGCACCGUGCAGUUGGUGAGGUGUGCGAGGAGGAGCCGAUCCCGCCUCUGGCUGCCAGCGCCCCUGCCCUUCCUGUUUGCAUGGCCAGGCUGGCCGGGGCCCCUGCCACAGGCCUCACCCGUACCCACAGACUGCUCCUUCCUGGGUGGGAAGCCAAGCAAGCCCCACUCUGCCCGGCGUCUGCUGUCCCCCGCCCCGCCACACCCCUGCCAGCUCGGGUUGGCAACCACGGGGCCCCUGCCGUGGGAACGUGCUGGCUGGGAAAUGGGGCCCCGAGAUUUGGUCCAGAAACAGGUCAGAGUGAGAGAGCUCUUGAGCAAAGUGACGAAGGAGAGACCGCACGAGUCAAAGGGAAAGUGGGGGCCUCAUCCUCCCGCCUUUCCCCAGGCCCUGUGACUCACUGGGACCCAGGAGCCACUGCAGGGUCUCUGUGCCCUGAACCCGACCUUGGCUCGGCUUUCUGCACCACACGUGCCCUGGUGGGCGGCGCACCUGGCGUGGGGGUGUCGCCGGGGGACUGGGAACACAGGACCAGCCCGGCCAGCUACCCCAGCAGAUGGGACAGUGAGUCUGACCUGCAGAAGAAGCGCGUCACGUCCUAGAGUCUCCAGACAGAGAGGUUCCCACCUCGUGGGGCAUGGCUCAGGGGCCCCGGCACCCCACAUUCUGUGCCCAGUGUGCUCUGACCCCCAGGGUCUCGCAGGUGUGGGGGCACCUCUAAGCAGAGGAGUGUCAUCUCAGGGUCUGUGCUGGCUG